GAGGCCGCGCCUACCCCAGCUUCCCUGAUAUUUACUCCUCCAGGUGCCGCGACACAUCCAAAAGCAGAGGGAGGAAGCCGCAGCGCACGUCGGCCAGAAUGGCCAGCCAAAUGGAAACGGGCUUUCGAUACAGACCGGUGGCCAAUUCGAUAGGGCCGACAUGAUGCCCGAAAUGGACGACGAGAUUUGGUCGCCCGCAGAACCAACGCCGAUAGCGCAGCAUUUCCCAGGUAGCAAAGGCGAGUUACAUAGUGUGUCAUCGCCAGGCUGGCAAAGUCUGCCUAGCAGCGCGGGUUUCAACCCUCCGGUAAACCACAUGAUGAUAGACCCGCUCUUGCUGGGGGCCGGGGAAGGCUAUUUGCCUCAGCAAAUACGGGGUCAGGAGUUGAUGUUCGCCAUGAACGAGAUGCAUCUCGUCCAGGAUUCUCGCACGCCGGUAACGGUUCCUCCCGAAUUCGCAAAUAUGGGGUACCCGAUGCAUUUCGCUCCCGUCCGACAGUCAUCCCCCCACAGUUACGGAUCUGGCGACACUCCCUCGCCCCAAUCUGGAGUGAGCGCCGCUUCUUCACAUCCAGGAAUGGCGCACUGCAGGUAUCCGGUAUUGAAGCCCCUGAUUCCUCACCUUGGUUCCAUCAUGUCAGUCCCAAUGGCCUGUGAUCUUCUCGACUAUUACUUCCAAAGUUCGUCAUCCGUAUUCAUUGAGCCGGUCAGUCCCUAUAUCCUUGGGAUCGUGUUCCGUAAGCGCUCCUUCUUACGGCAACACAAACCACGGAAAUGUAGCCCCGCGCUACUCUCCAGCAUGCUUUGGAUAGCCGCCCAGACGAGUGAAGCCAGCUAUUUGACGUCGUCACCGUCUGCAAGAGGGGUCAUCUGCCAGAAACUGUGGAAAUUAACGAUCGAUCUGUUGAAGCCAUUGGUCCAUUCACCAUCCUCACACGGUUUUGCUCAAGGCUCCGGCGGUAUGGUUAGCCCUGCUGCUCACGACGCAUUCGGCGUCGACCGAGUAAUGGGACAGUUUGAUGCCAGGAUGGACGCUGGGAUGCCGCCAACGAGCACGCUCGACGACGUCGCCACUUAUCUUAAUUUAGGAGUCGUAACAUCAGCCAGCGAAUACAAGGCAGCCAGCCUCCGUUGGUGGAACGCAGCAUGGAGCCUGGCAAGGGAGUUGAAGUUAGGCAGAGAAAUACCCCAGGACCCGUCGAAAGAAAGGGAUUCUAGCUCAGCGGAUAACGAAGCCGACAUGGGGAUGUCAGACUGUUCCAAUUCAGGGGCGCAUAUUCCUGCUGGCACCCCGACUGCUGCCCUUAUCGAGGAGAUGAAAGAGGAACGACGAAGGCUGUGGUGGCUGCUCUACAUGAUCGACAGACACCUUGGCUUGUGUUAUAACAGGCCUCUGGCGAUGCUUGACAACGAGUGCGAGGAUCUAUAUCAGCCUGUUCCGGAUACCUUAUGGCAGGCUGGCGAGUUCUACACCGGCAAUUCGGGACCGAAGAGGAAAGGCCUCUCCUUUCAGUGCACUUCUCACGACGUCUUCGGGUUCUUCUUGCCGCUCAUGACUAUACUUGGCGAUAUCGUCGACCUCAACGCGCAGAAGAACCAUCCUCGUUUCGGACAGCGUACAUCUUGGGAGUCGUAUGAGUCGGAGAUUGUUCGCCAGCUCGAGAGAUAUGCAUUCAGCCUCCAGGAAUUCAAGGCACAGCAUGGUUGCGGCCCCUCAAACGAAGAAGCCGCAAUCAACGCCAAUGGUACCCCUGAUCCAGUUCGCGGGGAGUGGAUACACCAGACGAGAAAAGUCGUCGCCUAUGCGACGCAUAUCAUGCACGUCCUCCACAUCCUCCUUCAUGGGAAAUGGGAUCCUGUGGCUCUCUUGGAAGACGAUAAUAUGUGGAUCUGCUCCCAAUCGUUCCUUGCCGCGACCUCGAACGCGAUUUCUGCUGCGCACGCUGUCGAGGAAAUAUUGGAGCUGGAUCCGGACCUCUCGUAUAUGCCAUAUUUCUUCGGCAUGUACCUGUUGCAAGGUAGCUUGAUCCUGCUGCUGCUGGCCGACAAGCUGUCCACAGAAACAAACGACGGCGUCAUUCGGGCUUGCGAAACUAUCGUACGAGCGCACGAGGCAGCGGUGGUGACAUUGAAUACAGAAUACCAGCGGAACUUCCGCAAAGUAAUGAUUUCGACAUUGGCGCAAAUCAAAGGCCACGGCCAUGCUCGAGAAAUGACUCCCGCAAAACGGCGAGAGGUCCUUAGUUUAUAUCGAUGGACGAGUCUCGGUAACGGACUAGCGAUUUGAAACGGUCUUGCGAUUUGGAAAAGGGUUAAAAAUUUGAGAUACCAGGGCAUUUGUACGAUUAUAUGUUUUAUGGGUCGGAUGAUGGAACGCAGCAUGGAAGGUCUGGACCUUCGUUUGGAGUCUCGAAAAAUUACUCGUCUGUGCAUAGUUAAUAUCUGUGCUUCAUGGGAAGGCGCAAAUACAUAUGAUAUCCAUACCUAC